CGCACGCACACACAAUCCCCACACUCUCCACUCUCCACUUCCGCUGGCUCCUGCCGCCGUCACUCUCGCCGCACCAUCCCUCCCCUCCCCUCCCCUCCUCCGGCCUCAGAUCACCGCGCGCAAGGUCCCAGCUGAGAGCUCGCAGGCUGGGGAUCGAUCGGUCAACACGGAGGAUCUAGCAGUCGUGGACCCCACCGCGGAUGGCGCCGCCGUUAGCAGACUGCAUCGAGGCCGGCGACGGUGACCCGUCCUCUCAGUGAAUACACCGCCAGAUUAUUACUAGCAGUGAGUCUCGCACAAUACAACGGUGGCAACAGUUUCUAGCUUGUUGGGAUUGGAAUAACUCACUGUAGCUUUGAGUUUUCACGGCCAUGGAGGGUGCUAAAUCCAACAAGAGAGCAGCAGAAGCUCGUCGAGAGGGGCAGAGCAGCGUCAAGAGGCGGAAUGUCAACGUGGCAGUGGACGGUGGUAAAUCAAACGGGCGACAAGCAGAAGUCCGGCGAGAGGGACAGAGCAGCGCAAAGACGCAGAGUGUCAAUGUGGCGGUGGACGGUGGUGAAUCCAAUGCGCAACAAGCACAAGUUCGGCGAGAGGGACAGAGCAGCACCAAGAUGCAGAAAGUCACCAUGGGGUUGGAUACCCUCGACUGCCCUGUCUGCUCCCAGCCCCUCAGGCCCCCGGUUUUCCAGUGUCCUAAAGGGAAUCUCAUCUGCUCGCCCUGCCGUGACAAGCUCCCGGAAAGCAAGCGCGGUGCUCCUCAGCGCAGCUAUGGUGUGGAGCGCAUCAUUGAGAACACUUUUGUCCCCUGCAAGCAUGGAUGUUUGACGAAGAUCACCUAUUACGACAUAGAAGAACACGAGAGUAGGUGCCCUCUCGGGCCAUGUUUCUGUCCGGUCUCUGGUUGCGGCUUCGUCGGGACAACCGUGCCACUGUUAGACCAUCUCACCACCCUGCACAAGCUGCCAAAGAUGGCAUUCAAAUACUUCGUGCCAUUUGAACUCCCUGCCCAACCAUGCUCUCUUGUUCUCCGCGGUGGAUAUGGUCGUGUUUUCCUUCUCGAAGUGGCAUCGCUGGAGUCCCUGGGCCAUUCAGUCUCACUAGUUUGUGCUGGGCAUAAGGAUUGGCUUGGCACGAUCAGGUGCUCGGUCGGUUUCUCAUGCUUUGAAGGUCACUGCCAGGUUUCAUUCUUGGAAAUCGAGAGGUCAUCAUUGUCUAAUGGGUUGACAACGCAAGACUUCUGUGUUGUGCCCAAGGUUUCAGGCGGACAAACUGAUGUCAUGCUCCGGAUCAUGAUCGAUUUGCUCUAUGGUGACGACGAUGUUCCUGAGGUGGAGGAGGACGAUGCAGACAAUAGCUAUGUGGAGGGGGAGGAUGAGGAUAUGACAACGAAGUGGAGGAUGGCCAUCACAAACCUGGGGGUGAGGGAGGAUGACAAUGACAGCGACGAGGAGGAUGGGGAUGAUAACGAUGAGGAGGAGGAUGAUGAUAUGGCGAUAACUGGUACGUCGAGGCGUGGCGUGACAAUCACAAGUGAGAAGGUGAAGGACGACGGCAAGGAUGAUCGGGAGGACAAUCAGAAUGGUAACUGAUGCUUGGCGCCACGUCUCGAUGACAAUGUCCACGGUGCACGUGCUUUUCAGCAAGACUUUGGUUACUAUGGUGGUUGAUGGCAUUUAGGUGCAGGAUGUGCUAAGAGCCUGAGGGACUACAAUCUCAGAUUCUUAGUACUACAAUGCUGUAUCAUAUCAAUGUGUUAGGUUCUGCGUUAAUCAUGCAGUGGCAGUGUGAACUAUGUAAUACUAAGUCUCGUGAAGUACACUGUGGUAGAGUGCGUUGGUCAGUGGAGCCUAUUCUGUAUUCUAGUGUGCCAAUCAGUUUCUUUCUCCAUUCCAGCUCUGAACUAUGCAGUUUCUGUCUCAAUUCUGCAUUAUAAUGUGUCAAUCAGUUUUUACGGGUUAUUCUCAAAAUAUUUCAUAUAUAG